AACAGUGGUCAAAUCUGUUGUGGGCGUAAAUUGUUUGUCAUUUUUUGUACGGCUUUAGAACAGAAAAACUAAACAAAAUGCUAAAACCCAAAGCGCUUACCCAAGCAUUAAGUCAAGCUAACACUGGUGGCGUCGAGAACACACUUCUGCUAAGCCAGGAGGGUGCUCUGCUGGCCUACUCCGGCUAUGGAGAUAAGGAUGCCCGAAUAACGGCAGCUAUUGCUAGUAAUAUUUGGGCUGCAUACGAAAAACACGGACGCAACGCAUUUCGUGAGGAUCGUUUGACCUUUGUGCUGAUUGACUGCGAAUGCGGGCAUGUGGCCAUAACACAGGUGGCCAGUGUACUGUUGUGCCUCUAUGCCAAGGAGCAUGUCGGUCUGGGCAUGUUGAAACAGAAGACUAUGGCCUUGGCUGAGUACUUGGAAAGGCCACUUAAGCAAAUCUCGGCAUCUUAAUGAGAUCAACACCAAAUGCCUGCGGUUUCGACUAGAAUUAAGUGUAAAGCCUGUUUUGUAGUUGUUAAUUAUGUAUACAUAUAUAAAGUAAGCCAAAGUCAAUAGCUUUUGGAUCGGAAAUAAAAAGAAUGGUUUAUUUA